CUGGACUGGGAGUGGCUGCAUCAUCAAACUCACCCUAAUCCCCCUAACUAAACCCAAUUUCCUCCACUGGCGCCGUUUUCUGCCGCCAUGCAAGCCGCCCUCUUAACGCCGCGUCCCACUGCGCUCAUCUCAAUCCAACCCCUCACCUAUUUUCAUGGCUCACGCAACCAAAACCGUCUCCCAAGCCGCCCCGCGUCUCUCCGCGUCGCUGCCCAAUCCUCAGCUUCCGUUACUGCUGAUCCUUCGCCGCCACCCACCUCAGCUACUCACAAGCUUAACCAGUACAGCUCAAGAAUCACCGAGCCCAAGUCCCAGGGGGGUUCUCAGGCGAUCCUCCACGGCGUAGGCCUGUCGGAAGAGGACAUGUCCAAACCCCAGAUUGGGAUAUCCUCAGUCUGGUACGAAGGCAACACGUGCAAUAUGCACUUAUUGAGGCUGUCGGAGGCGGUGAAACAGGGACUUGAAGAGGCAGGAAUGGUGGGUUUUAGAUUUAAUACUAUAGGUGUGAGUGAUGCUAUUUCUAUGGGAACUAGAGGAAUGUGCUUUAGCUUACAGUCAAGAGACUUGAUUGCUGAUAGUAUUGAGACUGUCAUGAGCGCCCAAUGGUAUGAUGGCAAUAUCUCUAUCCCUGGCUGUGACAAGAAUAUGCCAGGUACAAUUAUGGCAAUGGGGAGGCUCAACCGACCCAGUAUUAUGAUUUAUGGUGGAGCAAUCAAGCCUGGUCAUUUUCAAGGGCAUACAUAUGAUAUAGUAUCUGCCUUCCAGGUCUAUGGAGAGUACGUAAGUGGAUCCAUAAGUGAUGAGCACCGGAAGAAUGUUGUCCUUAACUCCUGUCCUGGGGCAGGAGCAUGUGGUGGGAUGUACACAGCAAACACCAUGGCUUCUGCUAUUGAAGCUAUGGGAAUGUCUCUUCCUUACAGCUCUUCAAUUCCUGCUGAGGACCAGUUGAAGUUGGAUGAAUGUCGUUUAGCUGGAAAAUAUCUACUUGAGCUGUUGAAAAUGGACCUAAAACCACGGGACAUCAUCACUAGGAAAGCAUUGCGUAAUGCAAUGGUUAUUGUGAUGGCACUAGGUGGGUCUACCAAUGCUGUAUUGCAUUUAAUUGCCAUUGCAAGGUCUGUUGGUCUGGAUUUGACUCUUGAUGAUUUCCAGAAGGUCAGUGAUGAGGUCCCCUUUCUGGCAGAUCUUAAGCCCAGCGGCAAAUAUGUGAUGGAAGAUGUUCAUAAGAUAGGAGGAACACCUGCAGUUAUUCGUUAUCUUUUGGAGCUUGGGUUUCUAGAUGGAGAUUGUAUGACUGUUACUGGGAAAACAUUGGCUGAAAAUGCAAAAAGUUUCCCUCAUUUGCCUGAGAAACAGGACAUCAUAAGGCCAGUCUCAAAUCCCAUCAAGAAAACUGGCCAUCUCCAAAUUUUACGAGGAAAUCUUGCACCAGAGGGUUCUGUAGCAAAAAUUACUGGAAAAGAAGGGCUAUAUUUCUCAGGGCCUGCACUUGUAUUUGAAGGAGAGGAAUCUAUGAUUGCUGCUAUAUCUGAGGAUCCUAUGAGUUUUAAGGGAAAGGUUGUAGUCAUCAGAGGAGAGGGGCCAAAGGGGGGUCCAGGCAUGCCUGAAAUGUUGACACCAACAAGUGCAAUAAUGGGAGCAGGGCUAGGCAAGGAUGUUGCAUUGCUGACGGAUGGUAGGUUUUCAGGAGGUUCACAUGGAUUUGUUGUAGGCCACAUAUGUCCUGAAGCACAGGAGGGUGGCCCCAUUGGUUUAAUCCAAAAUGGAGACUUCAUCUGCAUUGAUGUUGAGAAGAAGACGAUAGAUGUUCAGCUAACAGAUGAGGAAAUGAAUGAGCGAAGAAAGAAAUGGACUCCACCUCCAUACAAGGCUAACAGAGGAGUUUUGCACAAGUACAUCAAGAAUGUGCAAUCAGCUUCAAAAGGAUGUGUGACCGAUGAGUAAGGAGCGUGAUUUCGAUGAUUAUGAUUGUCACCGUUUGCUCAAAUCCAUAUGAUCAACAAUGAAGGCAUUCCUUUCACAGCGUGUUCUGGUAAUCAACAAGUUCUUCAAAGUUGCUAAACAGUGGGAAUUAUUUUCAUUUUCUCCCUUAGAAUUUAUCUCUUCAGGUUAAGAUUGUGUUAUGUGUGGCUUGUUUUUCUUAAUGUUUAGGCCAUUUUUCCUCUCCUUAUUGGACUUGAAAUUGGUUGUUAAAUUAUUGGCAAAUGGUGAUAUGUAGGAUUGAACUCAAGCCGCUAUGUUAGAGAUUUUAGAUUCAACAAACGACAAUCUUUUGUAGUACUUGUUAAAAAUCUCUCUAUAAUCAAACACAUGGCAAACAAACUUUGAUAAGUAAUAAAUUCAUGACUGGUGC